AUGAAAAGUGAUAAUAAACGUGCACAUAUAAAUCAAUCGAAAUUAUAUCAAUUGAUGAUGUGUGACAAUCUUUCAUUGUACAAAUCAUUUGUUCCAUCAACACCAAUACUUCCCCAAACAGAAUCAACAACAAUGAAUUUACAGUUUUUUCCUGCGUAUGAUGAAGAUAAUGAACAUAGAUCAUGUAUGAGUGUCAAACGAAAACUGUCAGCCUAUGAAGAUAAUAGUUCUUCAAUAACAACAUUGAAUCACAUAUCAACAUCAUUAGAUUGUAAUAAUAGUGAUGAAUCUGAUGAAGAUGAAAAUGAUGAUAAUGAUAAUGAUAAUGAUGAUGAUGAUGAUGAUGAUGGUAGUUCUGGUGAUGAUGAAACCCUAAGUGAUGAUGAAUCACAUCAUGUUAAUUCAUCGAUAACACCUUGUACAAUAAUACAACGACGUCAUAGUGAUACAAUUCAUACAUCUUAUGGUACACCAAUUGUUAAACGUCGUUGCACAUAUUCGUCAAUGCAUGAUGAUGAACAAAAACGUUCUGUACUUGUUGAAUCUUAUAGAAAAUUACGUGGUGUUAAAAAACCAAAAUUACAAGUUAGUUUGUUAAUAUGUAAUUUAAUAAAACGAUUAGAAAAAACAUUUACAAAAACUCCUCCGUUAAGACAACAACAACAACAACAACAACAAGAACAUGUACAGUAUUAUCAACAUCAUCGAACAACUUAUCGUUCAUCAUCGUCAGAUAGUAUUUAUAUGUCUCCAUUAUCAUCAACAUUAGUAAAUGAUGAAAUAGAAACAACAAAUCAACAGUAUUCAUCUUCACAUUCAUCGAAUUAUGAUUCGGAUAAAGUAUUAUUACCAGUCAAUGAUUUACGAUCAACAUCGUCGAUGUAUCAUUCAUCAUCAACUGAUGCAUAUUGGCUUGCUCAAUCAAAUUUUGCAGUACCUGUUGUAUCAAUAUCAGAUGAUGAUGAUGUUGAUGUAUCAUUACAUGGUGGUGGUGAUUAUCUUGAUUUAAGUGACAAUACAUUGUCGUCUUCCUUUUCAUCAUCAUCAUCUUCUUCAUCAAAUGAUUGUUGUUGUUCAUCAACGUCUUCUCCAACAAUAACUAAACUUCUUGUUGAUAAUAAUAAUAACAAUAAUAAUAAUGAUGGUUAUUUUAUUUAUCAUCAUCAUCAUCAUCAUCAUACAUCAUCAACAACAGGACAAACAUUUUUUUAUCCUCAUAAUGGAAAUAAUACCGUUGAUAUAAUAACAACAGCUUGA